ACUGUAGCCACAGCGCUGCGGGAUUGACUUCUUUGAGACAUUUCGCUCAAGCUGCCGGAUCUAGAUAUCAGAUCCUGGAAUACCAGAGAGAUCAGACCACCCCCUUCGGCCCUCGCCUUACUUCGCUGUCUUCAGAAACGAGUCCCCAGCAAUAUUUAGGGCGUGCAAGGUCUGAAAUAUCGUCUUCGGCAGCAGGGCCUCUCAAAGUUUUGCAGGUACUGAGUUGCAGGAAUUAUCAUACCUUUCUUUGAAGGUAAGCCAGGCUAGUAUAGUAUAUACUCACAAAUGGAUGGUAAAGACAGUACUGCGCACAAUAUCCUGGAGCACAUGCUACUUGAUGAAUGUGCAAAUCCUAAGAGGCUGCCAUUAUCACUUCUGGAAGCCAUCACCAAUAAUUUCUCCAAUAAGCGGGAGAUAGGGAGAGGUGGUUUUGCAGUGGUUUAUAAGGGCAUGCUUGGAAAUGGAACGGUUGCUGUGAAGAAGCUGUCUACAACACUUGAUAUGCAUGAGAAGAAAUUCAGCGAAGAGGUUCGAUGUCUCUUGAAGGUGCGGCAUAAGAACAUAGUGCGAUUUCUGGGAUAUUGUGCUGACACACAAGGAGAAAUGAUAGGCUAUGAGGGAAAGGUUAUCAUGGCAGAUGUACGAAACAGGCUGCUCUGCUUUGAGUUUGUACCUAACGGGAGUCUACAUGACUAUAUCACCGAUGCAUCCUGUGGACUUGAAUGGAGAGUGCGGUAUGAAAUGAUCAGGGGAAUUUGCGAGGGUUUACAGUAUCUUCACGAGAAUCAUAUUGUUCACUUAGAUCUCAAGCCUAGUAAUAUACUGCUGGAUGAUAAGAUGGUACCAAAAAUUGCUGAUUUUGGUCUCUCAAGGUGCUUUGAUGCAAACCAAAGUAGGGAUAUUGCUUCAAAACUGAUUGGGUCAAUAGGAUAUUUGGCACCAGAAUUCUACGAUCGGCAAAUCACGUUCAACCUGGACAUAUAUAGUCUUGGUGUUAUAGUUAUAGAGCUGUUGACAGGACGGAAGGGGUAUUCCACUGUCGAGAAAAUUGUUGAAAAUUGGAGGAAUAGGUUGGAGAUAUCACUGCAAGACACCCCGUUGCAACAAGUACAAGCUUGUGCUGAAAUAGGAAUAAUGUGCAUUGAUCCUAACCCAGAGAAUAGACCUAUUAUACAGCAUAUAAUCAAAAGGUUUAUGGAGCUGGGAAGUACUGAAGAGUUUGUUCAAGCUGGCGAGAGUUCAUCAGCGGCACAGGUUUUGACACUUGAGGUCCCUGUCUCCAUUCCUGUGGGUUCCAGCGCAACUUCUUCCGUGUCUACGACGAAUGCUGGUUACGCAUCCAGUACAACCACGGAGGCCAUGUUCAUCAUCUCACCGAAUGGCAAGUUCCAGCAGAAAAUUAAGUCAUGGACACGUGGUUGUCUUCUGGGAAGCGGCUCAUUUGGAAUGGUGUAUGAGGCGAUCAGUGAUGAGGGUAUGUUUUUUGCUGCGAAGGAAGUAUCUUUGCUUGACCAAGGAAGCAUCGCAAAAGAUUAUAUUCUUGGACUUGAGCAGGAAAUUGCACUCCUUAGUCAGUUCGAACAUGAAAAUAUUGUCAAAUAUUAUGGAAGUGACAAGGACGAAUCAAAACUUUAUAUCUUUAUUGAGCUUGUCACUCAAGGAUCCCUUUCAUCCAUCUAUCAAAAGUAUAAACUACGAGACUCGCAAGUCUCUGUGUACACAAGGCAGAUUCUUAAUGGAUUGAUUUACCUCCAUGAGCGAGAUGUGGUCCACAGAGAUAUCAAAUGUGCUAAUAUAUUGGUUCAUGCAAAUGGAUCUGUAAAGCUUGCAGAUUUUGGAUUGGCAGAGAUAUCAAAAAAUUAUAUGCUAAGAGAAAGUAAAGGAAGUGUUUACUGGAUGGCACCUGAGGUUAUUAAUCCUAAAAAGAUGUAUGGGCCUUCAGCUGACAUAUGGAGCCUUGGCUGCACUGUAUUGGAAAUGCUAACUCGGCUAAAACCAUUUCCUAAUGUCGAGUGGAUAGAAGUUUUUUUCAUGAUUGGAAGAGGGGAACAACCUCCUAUUCCCAACUACCUGUCAAAAGAAGCGCAAGAUUUCAUUGGCCAAUGUGUAAGAGUUGAUCCAGAGAACCGGCCUUCUGCAUCACAACUUUUGGAGCACCCAUUUGUUAACAGACCGCUGCGAGCUUCUUUUGAAUCUUCUCCCCCUGGCCUUCCCUCGUAGUACUGAUGGGUGGCGCAUGUCUUUGUGAAGCCAAUGCUUAGGUCAUGUACCGAUCUUCAUGAUUUCCACUCGUGGUGCCAGAAAGGAACAACGAGGGUUUGUUCAUGAUAUAGUUUAGUAUGUGUAGUCAGUUGGGAUGUUCAGCUUCAGUAUUGGAUGCGUCCCAUCGUAUUCUUUUGGUAUCUAUUACAUUAUUACAUUAUAUUAAUAAGAGAGUGUUAAAAAA